AUGAUCACUGCCACGAAACCUUAUCGGAACAACCCUUAUAACCCUCAAACUCAGCUCAAGAACCAUCGCCAAAGCCUCCAGAGUUUCUCUCCCUCUUCAGUCCGGUGUAGCUCGCUUCUCAAAUCAGUUUCUCAUCAAUCACUCACGGCGGAGAAGCUCAGUGAUGACGGCGGUAUAGUCUCCGUCAAUCCUAAACCCUCAAAGGGUUUCUCCUCUAAGCUUAUCGAUCUUCUCGAGAGAGUUGUUGUCAAGCUCAUGCACGAUGCUUCUCUCCCUCUCCACUACCUCUCCGGUAACUUCGCUCCUCUCCGAGAUGAAACUCCUCCCGUCAAGGAUCUCCCCGUCCAUGGAUUUCUUCCCGAAUGCUUGAAUGGUGAAUUUGUGAGGGUUGGUCCAAAUCCCAUGUUUGAUCCCGUCGCUGGAUAUCAUUGGCAC